AUGGGGGACUCAGGAUCAAGACGAUCUACCCUGGUCUCCCGGUUGCCAAUAUUCAGAAGAAGUAUUAGCAGAAGACAUGAUUCUCUUCCUUCUUCACCCUCCUCGAAUAAUACAGUUGGUGUCCACAGUUCUUCUCCUUCCAGCACCAAUUCAAGCUCAGGUAGUACAGGCAAACGCAGGAGUAUAUUCCGUACUCCUUCCAUUAGCUUUCACCAUAAGAAGGGGAGUGAACCGAAGCAAGAGCCUACCAACCAGAACCUUAGUAUUUCAAAUGGUGCUCAACCUGGUCAUGGCAGUAUGCAAAAACUGAAUUUAGAAGAGCAUGUUAAAACCAGGGGAAGACAUUCUGUUGGUUUUAGUAGUACACGGAAUAAGAAGAUAACAAGAUCUUUGACAGAGGAUUUUGAAAGGGAAAAGGAACAUUCAGCUAAUAAGAAUGUUUUCAUAAAUUGCCUAAGUUCUGGCAAAAGUGAGGGGGAUGAUUCUGGAUUUGUAGAAGAACAGACUCGUCGUUCUGUUAAACAGUCAACAAGGAAACUACUUCCUAAAUCUUUUUCAUCUCACUGUAAAUUCUCUAAGCCAGUUCCACAGAGCCAAUCUAUUUCACUGGUACAACAGUCUGGUUUCUCACUGGAAAUUACACAAUACCAAGAGAUAGAACCUGUAUUAGUAAGCACGUCUCCAUCUUGUUCUGUGGAUGUUACAGAACGGGCAGGAAGUUCCUUACAAUCUCCUUUGCUUUCUGCUGAUCUUACCACAGCUCAGACACCUUCUGAGUUUUUAGCCUUGACUGAAGAUUCCGUGUCUGAAGCAGAUGCAUUUCCCAAGAGUGGAAGUCUGGUAUCCCACUGUGACAAUACUGGCCACAAUGAUUCUACCUCUCAGAUCUCUCUCAAUCCUGCUGCUCUUACAAAGACAACAAUAGAACUUAAGGCAAAUGUUCCCUGUGCAAUUAUGUCUCCUAGGAAAUGCAGGUUAGAAGGUCGAUAUAGUACUGAAUCUAAUUCCUUACCUGAAACCCCUGCUGCUAACCAGAAAGAAGUGUUAUUGCAAAUCACUGAACUACCUGCUAUAGAUUUGAGUGACUCAGAGAUUCACCUCUUACGGGAGAAUCAAAAAGAAGAAAGUAAAGUGUUGCAAAAUGGUGAAACAAUUCUGGAGACAGGCUCCCCAAGGAAAUUUGGAUUUUAUGAACAACAUAAAGCAAUACCAGAACGUAUUAAAGGGAUCCAUCCUAUUUCAGAUUCAAAGACAAUACCCUCCUCUGGUGAUCACCAUAUUUUUAACAAAACAUCAUAUGGUUAUGAAGCAAAUCCCACCAAAGUUCUAGCCAGUAGCUUCAGCCCAUAUCGUGAAGGAAGAUUCAUAGAGAGACGGCUGCGAUCCUCGUCAGAAGGAACUGCAGGGAGUAGCAGAACGAUUUUGAAACCAAAGGAUGGAAAUAUAGAAGAAGUUAGCAGUCUGAGAAAGCAGAGGGCAGGUUCCUCAUCUUCAAAAAUGAAUAGCAUGGAUGUUUUGAAUAAUUUGGGAUCUUGUGAACUGGAUGAAGAUGAUCUCAUGCUUGAUCUAGAAUUUUUAGAGGAACAGAAUCUUCAUCCUUCGGUUUGCCGGGAGGAUUCCUACCACUCUGUUGUCUCGUGUGCUGCUGUGGUUCUCACUCCUAUGGAACCAACAAAAGAAAUGAAGAAAAGAGAAGAACUAAAAUUUCCUGAGCCUUCCAAACAGAACCUUUCCCUGAAAUUAACAAAAGAUGUUGAUCAGGAAGCCAGGUGUUCCCAUAUCAGCCGAAUGCCCAGCAGUCCAUCUUCAGAUUGGCCCCUGCAAAGUGUGGAAGAAAAUGGAGGCAUAGAUUCUCUGCCUUUCAGACUGAUGUUACAAGACUGUACUGCAGUGAAGACGUUAUUAUUAAAGAUGAAGAGAGUUCUUCAAGAGAGUUCAGAUAUGAGCCCAGCAAGUAGCACCACUUCACUUCCUGUUAGUCCUCUUACUGAAGAGCCAUUGCCUUUCAAGGAUAUAAUGAAAGAUGAAUGUUCCAUGCUCAAGCUGCAGCUGAAAGAGAGGGAUGAACUCAUUUCUCAACUUCAGGAAGAGCUGGAAAAGGUCCGGCAUUUACAGAAGGCUUUUGCUUCGAGAGUAGAUAAGUCCACACAGACUGAACUUCUAGGCUAUGAUGUACCUAUUAUGAUUGCAGUAGUUGUUAACACAGAGUAA